AUGUCGGACACGGCCACUAAGCAGAAGACUACCAGCCGCACAGGAAGAGUGCAGCCCAAAAGGCCCUCCGCCAAUAAGGAUUCAGCCUCAGAUGCGGCGGAAUCGUCGUGUCUCAUCUGUGCUGAACCAAUCGCUUUUGCUGCAAUCGCUCCAUGCAACAACACCACCUGCCACAAGUGUUGUCUCCGUCAGAGAGCGCUCUACAAGAAAAAAACAUGUUUGGUGUGCCGCACGGAUCACGACGAUGUCAUCAUUUCGGAACAGAAGCUCGAUGAGAGUGCUCGUUUCAGUGAUCUCAUACCUCUGAGCAGAUCUAUAGAAUGUAAAGAAUACGGCCUUCACUUCACGUCCGAAACGGCAGAGAAGGCCACCAUGUCACUUCUAGGCUUUGUGUGUACCGAGUGUGGCGCGACGUUUGCUCGCUUUGGCCAGUUGAACGACCAUGUGAGAAGCCACGGCGGCCGCCAGUACUGUGACAUCUGUGCCACCCAUCAACGGGCGUUUCUUAGCGAGCUCAAGCUCUACACACCCAAGGAGCUAGAAAAGCACGUCAACGAUGGCGACCGUAAGGGUUUCAAGGGCCACCCGCGCUGUAAGUUCUGUCGGAGUAAGCGGUUCUACUCCGACGACGAACUCAUAGUGCACAUUAGAGAUCGCCACGAACGGUGCUACAUUUGCGACCAGGACUUGUACGUUCUCCAGGACUAUUAUCGUAAUUACGAUGACUUGUAUAACCACUUCCGCACCCUGCAUUAUGUGUGUCUGAUCCCGCUGUGCGUCGAGAAACGAUUCGUUGUGUUCCGCGAAGAUCUUGACCUCACCGCGCAUAUGCUCAAGGAGCACGGCGGAAUGGUUGGCAAAAACGGACGUCUUGUUGUUGGGGCCACUUUCCAGCUGCACCUUUCCACUGUUCCGCUGCACAGGGGUCCUCAAACAGACGUCGAAACUCAGCGUCGCCGUCUAGAAGAACGUGCGAAGCAUUAUCUUCACGGCAACGAAGAAGACAUCGCCUCUUUCAAAAAAUUCUACCAGUCAUAUAAAUCUAAAAGGGUGUCGGCACUGGAUGUGCUAAGUCUGUUCAAAAAGCUUUUCAAAGAUACCCCAUACCAUGACUUGGGGCUUCUCAUCCAUGAAAUGGUUCAAUUGUUCCCACCGCACUCAGACCAGGGUGUACAACUUCAAGCUGCUUUUGAUGCGGCCAGACCGAAAUCCCAUCCAGCACCACCUCAAAACUUUCCUGCUCUUGGAGGAUUAUCGUCAUCUGCGCAUGUUUUAACCAACCAAUCCUGGGGAGGUAGCUCUCGACCACGGACCCAAGAGGAACUCUUUCCCGCAUUGGCAAGGCCAAGCCGAUCAUCAUCGCCUGUUGUUAAGAACACACCAAUACGAUACACCACUGUGAAGAGCAAACCAAGCCAAGAGCAGCGCACGAUGACUAUCAAGAACUUUGAAGCCAAACCUAAAGCUUUCAAACCAACCUAUCUUGACAACGCCUCGGCCAAGGCCAACAUACCCUCACCCAAACUCGGACUGGCAUCGAGCUCGAAAAGUUCAUCUCGAGCCGCCUCUCCAUCUGCAUCAUCAUCUUCAUUGGCAAGCUCGGCAUCUAAACUCUCUGAUUCGCAGUUUCCAGCGCUUGCGAAGAAAAAGCGGACACAGAUCCCGCCAGUGAAACCAAUACCCAAACCUUCUGCCACUUGGAACCAGGGACUCUCUGCUGCGGAGCCACAGCCAGAGGUGGACUGGGGGAUUUCAAUCAUAGAUAAGAAGGCGGAAAAGCUUCGGCUUAAGCAAGAGAGGGCCAAGAAAAAGUAG